AUGGAAACAUCAGGUGUAGAAGUAAACAAGAAAAACAUAAAAGAAGGACAAGCUGAAAUACUUCUUGCGUCAGAAAAAGUUUUUUAUAAUCCAGUUCAAGAAUUUAAUAGGGACUUAAGUAUAGCAGUGCUCAGUAUAUUUACCGAAGAUUACAAAAGUGAACAGAUAGCUAGAAACCUUAAGAAAGAUAAAAAAGUAUGUGAAAAUGUUUUCCAAGAUGCUUCUGGAAAUAAUUCUGAGGUGCCUAUAAUCAUCUUAGAAGCAUUGUCAGCCACUGGUCUCCGAAGCAUCAGGUAUGCCAAGGAAGUACCGAAUAUUACCAAAAUUGUGGCCAAUGACAUUUCCAAGCAAGCCGUAGAAACUAUACAGGCUAAUAUUGUGCAUAAUAAUGUAGAAAAGCUCGUAGAAACCAGUCAUGAUGAUGCAUGCAUGAUAAUGUAUAAACACAAGCUCCCACUAAAGAGGUUUGCAGCCAUUGAUCUUGAUCCAUAUGGAUGUCCAUCAAUAUUUCUUGACUCGGCUGUACAGAGUAUACAAGAUGGAGGACUUUUAUUAGUGACGGCAACUGAUAUGGCGGUUUUGGCGGGAAACUCUCCGGAAACCUGUUAUAGCAAAUACGGGGCAAUCAGUCUUAAAACCAAAUGUUGCCAUGAAAUGGCAUUAAGAAUAUUGCUGCAAUGUAUUGAAUCACAUGCUAACAGAUACAGUCGAUACAUAGUGCCACUACUCAGUAUAUCAGCGGACUUCUACAUUCGAGUCUUUGUGAAAAUAUAUUCCGGGGCUAUACAUUGUAAGAAAACUACAAGUAAGUUGUCUAUGGCAUACCACUGUGUUGGAUGUGACAAUAUCACUCUACAAUCUAUGGGUGGUUUUAAACCAAAUCCAAGUGAAAAAAAUCCACAACAAACUAAAUCUUACCUACCCUCGGGGCCGCCUGUUAAUGAAUUCUGUCAACAUUGUAACCAAAAGCAUCAUUUAGGUGGUCCAAUAUGGUCGGCACCUAUACAUGAUGAGGUAUUUGUGAGCCGAAUACUCACACAUGUACAAAAUAAUCCGCAACUGUUUAACACUAGCAAGAGAAUACAUGGUGUUUUAUCAAUGGUUAGAGAAGAGCUUGAAACACCCUUGUAUUAUACGUUGGACAAGUUGUUUGGUCGAGUACAUUUGGAGACGAUGCCCAUGUUGAUUAUGAGAUCAGCAAUACUUAACGCUGGCUACAAAGUAUCAUAUUCACACGCCUCAAAACUAUCAGUGAAGACGUCUGCUCCCUCGCAUCUAAUAUGGGACAUUGUAAGAACAUGGGCCAAAACACAUCCACCUAAAGCUGCAAAGUUAGAAGCGGAUCCAGUGGCUAGAUUCCUAUUGCAGCAAGAUAUACAGAACCACAUUGAUCUCAGCGAACGGCCAGAUGCAAACCCCAUCAGUAGGAGGGAUGGUCAAUUGAGGUUCCAAUUGAACCCUGCCCCUCACUGGGGUCCUGGAUCAAGGGCUGUUGUUAAUGUCGGUGACGAGAAAAUAUCAAAGGCCAUACGGAAUCAGAAUAAGAAUAUCAAAAGAAAACAAGCUGAGAAACGUGAACAUUCUCCCACUGACGAAGAGACAAGGAAAAAAAUUAAUAAUGACAAUGAAACUACAGUUGUGUAA